CUACACAAUUUCCAUCGCUCUCUCUACAAGCAAAAGCAAAAGAGAGGGUUUUGUAGGGAGAGAGAGAAUCCAAGAUUUGUUGGAGAGGAAGUUCAUAGCAAAUAUAUAUACAACUUUCAAAGCUCCAACAACCCACCAGGACCCUCUCUAGCUCCCCUGCUUCCUAUCUUUAACAAAAACUCUUCUGCUUCAUUUCCAUUGAAGAAAAUCUGACUGACAACGCAAAAGAUGAACGGUAUGGAGAAAGCAAGAGCUCCAAGUAGGAGAGUGAGCAACAACAUGAGCAGAAGCAUAAGCAGGAGCUUCAGCAGAAGCAUGGAAGAUGUAUUUUCAGGUGGAAGACAAUCUAGAAGGAGCAGUCGCCAUGCUGAGGAAGAUGAAGAAGCUCUAAAAUGGGCUGCUAUAGAGAAGUUACCAACUUAUGAUAGGUUGAGAACAACUGUCAUGAAAUCUUUUGUGGAGAAUGAACUCCAAGGAGGAUCAAUUAUGGUGCAUAAAGAAGUUGAUGUUACUAAGCUUGAUAUGAACGAUAGACAAAUGUUUAUCGACAAGAUGUUUAAGGUUGCAGAAGAAGAUAACGAGAGGUUCUUGAGAAGAUUUAGGAAGAGAAUUGAUAAGGUCGGAAUCAGGCUUCCAACUGUGGAAGUUAGAUAUGAUCAUUUAACUGUCGAAGCUGAAUGCCAAAUAGGCAGCAGAGCUCUACCUACUCUUCCAAAUGCUGCCAGAAACAUUGCAGAGUCAGCGAUUGGUUUGUUUGGAAUUAAUUUGGCCAAGAGAACAAAGCUCACUAUCCUUAAAGAUGCAUCUGGCAUUUUAAAACCAUCAAGGAUGACUCUGUUAUUGGGUCCUCCAUCCUCUGGAAAAACAACCCUUUUGCUAGCAUUGGCUGGAAAGUUGGACCCAAGUUUAAGGGUAAGUGGAGAGAUAACAUAUAAUGGGUACAAGCUGAAUGAAUUUGUGCCAAGAAAGACAUCUGCGUACAUUAGCCAAAAUGAUGUUCAUGUUGGAGUAAUGACAGUGAAAGAAACACUAGAUUUCUCAGCAAGAUGUCAAGGAGUUGGGACUCGACAUGAUCUCCUAAGCGAGCUUGCAAGAAGAGAAAAAGAUGCAGGAAUUUUUCCUGAGGCAGAAGUAGACCUUUUCAUGAAGGCAACUGCAAUGAAAGGAGCUGAAAGCAAUCUCUUCACUGACUAUACUCUCAAACUUUUAGGGCUUGAUAUAUGUAAGGACACCAUUGUUGGAGAUGAGAUGCUUCGAGGAAUUUCUGGUGGUCAGAAAAAGAGAGUAACAACAGGGGAAAUGAUUGUUGGGCCUACAAAAACACUAUUCAUGGAUGAAAUAUCAACCGGUCUAGACAGCUCCACGACAUAUCAAAUCGUCAUGUGCAUGCAGCAAAUUGUGCACCUUACUGAGGCCACAGUGCUGAUGUCCUUACUCCAGCCUGCUCCUGAGACAUUUGAUCUUUUUGACGAUGUCAUCCUGUUAUCAGAAGGCCGAAUCGUCUAUCAGGGUCCAAGAGAGCACAUUCUUGAAUUCUUUGAGACCUGUGGGUUCCGCUGUCCUGAGAGAAAGGGAACUGCGGAUUUCUUGCAAGAGGUUACUUCAAAGAAAGACCAGGAGCAAUACUGGGCCCAUAAACACAGACCAUACAGAUACGUAUCAGUUCCUGAAUUUGCAGAAAGAUUCAAGAAGUUCCAUGUAGGCAUGCAGCUAGACAAUGAGCUCUCGGUGCCAUUUGACAAGUCCCAAGGCCACAAAGCAGCUCUAGCAUUCUCAAAAUAUUCAGUUCCGAAGAAGGAAUUAUUCAAGGCUUGUUGGGAUAAAGAAUGGCUAUUGAUUCAAAGAAACUCUGUGGUUUUUGUCUCGAAGAUAAUCCAACUUAUUAUUGUUGCUAUUAUUGCUUCAACAGUCUUUAUAAAGCCAAGAAUGCACACAAGGAAUGAAGCAGAUGGAGCAUUAUAUGUUGGUGCAGUCUUGUUCAGUAUGAUAAUUAACAUGUUUAAUGGUAUUGCUGAGCUUUCUCUGAUGAUCACAAGACUUCCAGUAUUUUACAAGCAAAGAGACCUUCUUUUCCAUCCACCUUGGACUUUCACUCUUCCAACUUUCCUGCUACAAUUGCCUAUGUCCAUUAUAGAAUCUGUGGUUUGGGUGUGUAUUACUUAUUAUUCCAUUGGAUUCGCACCUGAAGCAAGCAGGUUUUUCAAGCAUCUGCUGCUGAUAUUUCUGAUUCAACAAAUGGCCGCUGGGCUAUUCAAGCUCAUUGCUGCAGUCUGCAGGACUAUGAUCAUUGCUAACACCGGUGGGGUUCUUGUUCUCCUCCUUGUUUUCUUGCUUGGGGGCUUCAUUCUGCCAAAAAGUCAAAUUCCAAACUGGUGGGAGUGGGCUUACUGGAUUUCGCCUUUGAGUUAUGGUUACAAUGCCUUUGCUAUCAAUGAAAUGUAUGCUCCAAGAUGGAUGAACAAACGGGCUGCAGACAAUUCAACAAGUUUAGGCAUAGCAGUGCUAAAAAACUUUGAUGUUUUCCAAAACAAGAACUGGUAUUGGAUUGGUGCUGGUGCUCUUCUGGGAUUUGCUAUUCUCUUCAAUGUCCUGUUUACGUUGGCUCUCAUGUACUUGAGUCCUCCUGGAAAGAAACAAGCAGUAAUCUCUGAGGAAACAGCAAUGGAAAUGGAAGGUGAGGAAGACUCAAAGGGUCAACCGAGACUAAGAAUGACAAGAUCGCAGAAAAAUUCAAUCCCUCAGUCACUAUCUUCUGCAGAUGGAAACGAUACAAAGGAAAUGGCAAUGCAAAGGAUGAGCAGCCGAUCCAGUCCGAAUGGACUAAGUAGAAAUGCGGAUUCAUCUCUUGAGGCAGCUAAUGGUGUUGCACCAAAGAGAGGAAUGGUUCUCCCUUUCACUCCACUAGCCAUGUCCUUUGACAGUGUCAAUUAUUACGUUGACAUGCCAGCUGAAAUGAAGCAACAGGGAGUUGCAGAUGACAGGCUUCAACUCCUUAGGGAAGUAACAAGCGCAUUUAGGCCUGGAGUCCUAACAGCACUAAUGGGAGUCAGUGGAGCAGGAAAGACAACACUAAUGGAUGUUUUGGCAGGAAGGAAAACAGGUGGAUAUAUUGAAGGUGAUAUUAGAAUUUCUGGAUUCACCAAGAAGCAAGAAACCUUUGCCAGAAUUUCUGGAUACUGUGAACAAAAUGAUAUUCACUCACCUCAAGUUACAGUUAGAGAAUCCUUGAUCUACUCCGCAUUCCUUCGUCUUCCUAAGGAAGUCAGCAAGGAGGAAAAAAUGAUUUUCGUAGAUCAAGUGAUGGAGUUGGUAGAGCUAGACAAUCUCAAGAAUGCAAUAGUUGGGCUUGCGGGAGUUACAGGAUUGUCAACAGAACAACGAAAAAGAUUGACAAUUGCAGUGGAGCUUGUUGCUAAUCCUUCGAUCAUUUUCAUGGACGAGCCAACUUCUGGCCUUGAUGCAAGGGCAGCAGCCAUUGUUAUGAGGACUGUGAGAAACACUGUGGAUACUGGAAGAACUGUUGUCUGCACAAUCCAUCAGCCUAGCAUCGAUAUCUUUGAAUCUUUUGAUGAGUUGCUACUGAUGAAGAGAGGAGGACAAGUUAUAUACUCAGGACCUUUAGGCCAAAAUUCCCAUAAGAUCGUUGAAUACUUCGAGUCAAUUCCUGGAAUCCCAAAAAUCAAAGACAAGUACAAUCCUGCAACAUGGAUGCUAGAAGUUAGCUCGAUAGCUGCGGAAGUCCGGCUUGGAAUUGACUUUGCAGAACACUACAAAUCAUCAUCCUUAUAUCAGAGAAACAAGGCUUUAGUGAAGGAGUUAAGCGCACCACCACCAGGAGCAAAGGACCUAUAUUUUGACACUCAGUAUUCUCAAUCUUUCUGGGGGCAAUUCAAGUCUUGCCUUUGGAAGCAAUGGUGGACUUACUGGAGAAGUCCUGAUUAUAACCUUGUUAGAUACUGCUUCACCUUGGUUGCUGCUCUUAUGGUUGGGACCAUAUUCUGGAGAGUUGGAACCAAAAGGGAUAGCACGAGUGACCUGAGUACUAUAAUUGGGGCAAUGUAUGCUGCUGUCCUGUUUAUUGGUAUCAAUAAUUGUUCAACAAUACAGCCAAUAAUAGCAAUUGAAAGAACUGUGUUUUAUCGUGAAAGAGCAGCUGGAAUGUAUUCUUCAUUACCUUAUGCCCUUGGACAGUUUGUUUGUGAAAUACCUUAUGUGCUAUUUCAAACUACAUAUUAUACACUUAUAGUGUAUGCUAUGGUAGCCUUCGAAUGGACAGCAGUCAAAUUCUUCUGGUUCUACUUUAUCUCUUUCUUCUCAUUCCUCUACUUCACAUACUACGGGAUGAUGACUGUUUCCGUCACGCCAAAUCUUCAAGUAGCAGCCAUCUUCGCAGCAACAUUCUAUGCACUCUUCAAUCUCUUCUCAGGAUUUUUCAUCCCACGACCGAAAAUUCCCAAGUGGUGGGUGUGGUACUAUUGGAUUUGCCCAGUGGCGUGGACAGUGUAUGGACUAAUUCUGUCACAAUAUCGUGAUGUUGAAGACCCCAUUACAGUUCCAGGGUUGCUAAAUAGACCUGCAAUUAAAGAUUAUAUACAAGAUGUUUAUGGGUAUGAUCCAGAUUUCAUGGGACCAGUAGCUGGAGUAUUAGUUGGCUUCACUGUCUUCUUUGGAUGUGUAUAUGUCUAUGCCAUAAGAACACUAAACUUCCAAACAAGAUAGUCACAUAAUACCAAAGUCUUUUUGAGAUUAAAUUUGUAGAUAUAUAUAUAUAUAUAUGUAUGUAGUAUUAUAGAGGACAAUAAGCCUUUACAAGUUCAAAAGACUUUUGGCUGCUGUAUAAUGUUUGUUUUGAUCUUAUAGGAAUAUUAUAUGUAUGGAUAAUGAUGAGAGCAGUGAGUGACAAGCUCUGAAAGCUGUAUUUGUAAAUGUAAAUGGUAUUUCAAUCUUAUAAAUUUCAAACAUCAAAUUUCUAUA